AUGGAAAUACACUCCAGACCUAAUAGUACUAUCAACAAUGCGCGCAAAGCGUUGCUGGUUACGAGCCAUUCGUCGCCCGACUCGCAUCGGGUGAAGCGCGUUCCUACUCGCUUAAUCAUUUUUUACCUCUACGCGCCGGCCGUUCCAAGCCGUGUUCACGUCAACUCUCGCCAAAUGGCUUCCCCUUCUCCUAUCUCUAAGCAGCAAUCUGUGUCCAACGUCGGGAACCGCAAACGACGGAAUACAUACAAUGCCGCACACAGCAGUCCUCCUACCAAGAGGAUCAAAUCGAUCUCUGCAGCACGCAUAACCUCGAAUUUCCCACCCCAAUUCUGGGACAACCUGUCAAAAGUUUGGCUUACGCCUCGUGCGCUACGUGAAAAAGACAGGCGAAACGACAUUCAGCCUCCUGCUAUAAACCCUGCAAUUGUACGCGCAACGCCGACAAGUCUUGCUCGAUUUGCAAGACGUGGUGGACCAGAUCUUCGCCAUCUCAGAGGCUAUCCUGAACCGAAACACGCCGCAUCAAUGAGCUCCAAUCGUUCCUCGAACCGUCGGACUCUGUCCACAAAGGCAACAAGCAUUUCCUCGAGAGCUAAACGAUCCUCUGCCUAUGAUAAAGAUUUCGAGCAGAAUCUAAUUGAUCAUAAUAUUUACCCCGAGGGGUUCAAACACACCCAUGGGCGCACAACGCCUGAACCGAAUAAUUUGGAUAGCAUUGUUGAAAGCCUAGCCUACCCGCGAGCAUCACUUUCACCAUCUCAAUUCUCUAUUUCGGCUUUUAAGAGCUUUAGGGCGGCUAAUAGCCGAGUCGUCUCUGAAGGCAAGGUUAUGGCUGAUAUACUUCCAACGAUACGUGGCAAUAGCGAGAUUCUAAACGAGGGGAACCUUUGUUUCGCCAACCUUGAGUCAAUAACCAACGGAACCACAGUUGACGCAGUGCCUAACUGGUACGAUGGAUCAUACACAAAAGAGAUUAGCAAGACGGUACGGCAAGGACCUACAAGCCACGCACAAGCCCCAGUAGUGCCUAACUUCUUUAUCGAGGCUAAGGCGCCGAGGGGCGGUGCUGAUGUGGCGAAGCGACAGGCAUGCUUAGACGGGGCGGUUGGGGCUCGAGCUAUGCAUAGCUUGCAGAACUAUGGCGAAGAUGUGCCUGUCUGUGAUGGCAAUGCAUACACAUUCACUUCAACCUACCAUGCUGGAACCGGCACACUUCAGUUGUACGCCCACCACGCCACUGGUCCGACAGCAGAGGAAGAGCAGCCGGAGUACCAUAUGACCCAGAUUGACAGCUGGGGAAUGACUGGUAACGUUGACACUUUCAGACGUGGUGCAACUGCAUUCAGAAAUGCCAGAGAUUUGGCUCGGCAACAACGGGAGACCUUUUUCAAGGCAGCCAACGCUAGAGUGUCACAAGAAGCUGCUCCAGCGGAGAAGAUGGAACAGACAUACAAAAAGCUUAUGCUCUUACCUCUAACAGAGAGGCUUUUCACAAACACCUGGAGCCGGUUACGAAUUCCUCGCACAACCGCUAAGCUUGCAGCGAGGGACACAGUCAAGUCCUUUAGUUCUGGCAAGUUCCCUUCCAGUUGUUGCAGGAGCACGAGCCGCAUUCCUUUUCUCGUUUGUCAGUCCAGUUCUGUCUCCCAUAUUGCAAAACUCUCUUACGCGAUCAGUCUUGCAGGCCUUGCCAACAGGGCAGAAGCGAGCCUCGAGGUCCGGGCCGGUACCGGCAGAGUCGGCAGCAGCGGCAAGGCCAACGAGGGCCAUGGCGAAAACGAAAGCAGCCUUCAUUUUGUUUGA